UAGAAGGGAACUGUCCCAAAAGAAGACUACACUCUCUCUGUUCUUAAGAUGUUCCUCGCAAGUUGAUGAAUCCAUGUUCCCGCCGUCUCCCUAAUUUCCGAUCAGCAUUUAGUCUUGGAGGGACAUUGAUCGGAUCAAGUUCUAAUGGCGACAUGGAAGAACAAAACUACCAAGAAGAACAACGUCUGCUACAUUUCAGUUCCUGCGCAAAUCAUCAACUCUGUUUCAUCGUCUUCGCUUCAGGCUCUUCUUGAUUCUUCUUCUUCCAAGAAAUCUUCGAAGAACACGAAAAAGUCCCUGUCUUAUUGCUUCAUUUCCUUUCACAGAAACCCAAAGUUCUGGGCUCUCUCUCUGUUUCUACUUUCUAUUUUAGGAAUGCUGAAGCUGAGCCUGAGUCCUUGUCCCUUGGCCCCUUUCCAUAAAUACCCAUCACGAGAAAGUCAACUUGAAAGGUCGGACGCCGAAUCCCCUCUGGGUUUUGCGUAUUCUCAAUCAAACAGUACAAAAGUUGAGAUUUUGAGGGCCAAGGAUCAACCUUUAGCUACAACUUCAAAAUCAGAAGUAGUCACCAAUAAUGGGUAUGAUCCCGAUGACGAGAACGAGUUCUGGAAGCAACCGGAUGGUUUAGGAUACAAGCCUUGUCUGGAUUUCAGUAGCCAGUACAGGAGAGAGAGCAGUCGAAUGUUGAGAGAGAGGAGAAAGUAUCUGAUGGUGGUGGUUUCUGGUGGGAUGAACCAGCAGAGGAAUCAGAUUGUGGACGCUGUGGUGAUCGCAAGGAUUCUGGGUGCCGCUCUCGUCGUCCCCAUCUUGCAAGUCAACAUCAUCUGGGGCGACGAAAGUGAGUUUUGUGAUAUAUUCGAUUUAGAGAACUUCAAGAGGGUUCUUGCCAACGAUGUCAGAGUCGUUUCGUCGCUGCCCUCGAACCAUAUAAUGACUAAACCGUCCGAGGAGACUAGGACGCCGCUCCAUGCUUCCCCUCAAUGGUUCCGGUCUCGCUAUCUGAAGCGUUUCAACAGGGACGGAGUUUUGCUUUUAAGAGGGUUAGAUUCAAGACUCUCUAAAGACUUACCUUCUGAUCUCCAGAAGCUCCGCUGUAAGGCAGCAUUUGAGGCUUUGAGGUUUGCUCCAAGAGUUCUGGAGCUCGGAAACAAUCUUGCGCAGAGGAUGAGGAGCAAAGGGCCUUACCUUGCUCUUCAUCUUCGCAUGGAGAAGGACGUGUGGGUGAGGACGGGCUGUCUUUCUGGUUUGAGCCCUCGAUACGACGACAUUGUGAAUAACGAAAGGAUAAAGCGGCCUGAGCUCUUAACCGCUAAAUCCAAUAUGACAUCUCGUGAAAGAAAACUUGCUGGUCUCUGUCCAUUGAAUGCAAAGGAAGUGACCAGGUUGCUUAGAGCCCUCGGGGCACCGAGAAACGCCAGAAUAUACUGGGCAGGAGGUGAUCCGCUUGGCGGGAAAGAAGCUCUGACUCCAUUCACAAGGGAAUUCCCUCAUUUCUACAACAAGCACGAUCUUGCAUCCCGUGGUGAGCUCGAGCCUUUUGCAAAACGAGCGUCUUUAAUGGCUGCCAUUGAUUACGUAGUCUGUGAGCAGAGUGAUGUCUUCAUGGCAUCUCACGGAGGGAACAUGGGCCGAGCAAUUCAGGGUCACCGGGCAUAUGCAGGGCACAAGAAGUACAUCACACCAAACAAAAGGCACAUGCUCCCUUACUUCAUGAACACAACAAUGGCCGAAGCCGAGUUCGAUAAGGUUAUAAAGACAUUGCACCGAGAUUCUCUCGGGCAGCCUGAACUAAGGACAAGCAAAGCUGGAAGAGAUGUUACUAAGUAUCCUGUCCCAGAGUGUAUGUGUAAUAAAUCCACAAGCAGAAACUGAGACAUUUAUUCUUUGCACAUAAAGUUCCUCCUUCCAUUAGCUCGUUGCACAUAUUAUACAUCUACACAUAUCUUAGGAAAUAAGAUACCAUUAGAUCAUUUUGGUUCCACCUUUUGUAAAAUCCUUCAGGCAAUUUUAUUUAUACGGAUUAUUGCCCGUA